UGGGAAGGAAGGAAGGGAGGAAAAGAGCAGCGGCAACAAUCUAUGGAGGAAAACUUAUUUUACUAUAAUAUCGGAAUACAAGAUAAUACGAUACAAUUUAAUUAAAAAUACAAUUUAAUUAAAAAUGAGAUUAAUAAAUCAGACAAGAUGAGAGAGAGAGUUCCCAGGACUGAGUCAAACCUGAAAAGCUUGGAUCGGCCAGGAAAGCACCUCCAGCACCCACUGCAAGGCAGCAAGAGAGCGCCCCCCCACCCGGAAGGGCCAGAUCCCGUGACUGCUGUAAUGUACAGGGAUGGGAACCUGGGACUGGGGCAGUGACACUUUAAUGCCCCGUACACUACAUGAUGUUUUGAUGUGGAAUACUGAAACCCAAAACCAAAACAAAACAUAGAACCAUGACAGAAGCGUAGCUGCUUGCAUUGCUCUGCUGCACAACUGCCCUAAAAAUCGUUGGGCAGUGGAAGCAGAAGUGCCCUUCAUGUCCCAAAAUGCAGCUGCUCUGGUGGUGUGGUCCUGGCAGCUUUGUGUACACAGAUGGAGUCCUGGGGCUGUUGAGAGCCGGCUGUGUAGGGGCCUGGAGGUGGCACAAGAGCAGUGGGCACUUUGAUUCUUGUGCAGGCAGCCUGACCAGCUUCCAUUUGUUUCUUGCAGGCACGGAUGAAGAUGCCGUCAUCGAGAUCUUGACCAAACUCAAUGUUCGCCAACGUCAGCGCGUGCAGAUGUGCCAACAAAAAGGAAAGCACACGGCGCUUGACUUGGCGGGUUUGUGGGAAGAUGAUGAGCUCGGUGCUCUCUAUCUGGAUGAUCGCCUGGAUCCACAUUUCAUGCCUGUGCCCGAGGGACAGCCCAGAGGCCCUGCUGGCGAAUCAGCAGAACGGGAUCCUGUCCAUGAGCCUGAGGGGAAUGCUGGAGAUGUGAGUGGAGGAGGUGAUCCAGCUUCCCCUCUGAGCUCCGAGACCGAAAGCCGGGCGGAUGGCAUGGGUCUGGAAAGGGGAAAGGAUGAAUCGGAAAGAGGAAAAUCCUCUGAGGAGUCUUACCAUCCAAAAGAACUGCUGAGGGGAACGGAAGUGGCAGUUCAUGGGAGGAAUGCAGGGAAGCAGCAAAGGAUGCAGGGAAGCACAAAGGCUGAUGCUGGCAGAUCUGUGCGGCAGCGCCACGUGGCAGUGGUGGUGCUGUUCUCUGUUGUGCUGCUGUCUGCGCUGGUGCUGGCCUGUGUUGCUGCGUCACGGCCGUGGAAGGAAUGCCUUGUGUGCAAGGGGGGAGAGAGAGCAGCAGAGCGAGCUCAUCCUGACACCGACUGGGAGGGAGUUCCAAGUGGAGAUGAAGGGAGAGCGGAGCUGGGAGAGGCAACGAGCGAGAUCCUUGCCCAAGCCAACAAUCUCAGCAAUAGUUCCAGUCCGUUCCGUUCUGCCAUCCCAGAGGCCAAAGAUCUUCAAAGUCAUCUGAAAGACCUGGAGCGUGAACUCCAAGCCAUGAAAGAGGUCCAUGGGGGCAGUGGUGAGUGCUGCUUCCUGUCAGAGGACGGCCCUGAAAGGGAGAGCGGAGGAUCAGCGGCAGAGCGUUUGUCCUUCACCCUCCGUUCCCCAGGACGAGUAUCACCAGUAGUUCGAAGGUUCUUAGCUCGCCACAGCUACGAUCCUUUUGAGGGUCCCAAUGAGGACCCAGAAAGCGAGCUUCCUCUGACCGCCGGGCAGCACGUUUAUGUCUUUGGAGAUGUGGAUGAGGACGGCUGGUUUCUGGGAGAGCUGACGGAUGGCACGAGAGGGCUGGUCCCUUCCAGCCUGGUGACAGAGGUUUCAGAUGAUGAGCUGGACACAGCGAUGCCUCCAGAGCUCUGUGAUCUCCUGCUGGAUACGGAUGAUUGUGUCGAUGCAAAGAGUCCAUAAUGCAGCAACAUCCUGUCGCGAUUCUUGCCUCACUCCAUCUGCAAGACGACCCCCUGCUCCACUUGACGUUCGAGUGAAGUGUGAGCAGGAUGUGGAUGAGCUCCUCCUGGUUCGAUCUGAGAUGACUGGCAGUGCGACUGCAUGCUGUUAUUGUAUAUUAAAACAUAUUUUAAAAACUAACUAACAACACUGUUGUUUUUCGUGGAUACAUUGAGGUGAUACUUUUUCUAGCUGAGAUUUUGCAGUGAGUCUCGAAGCAGGUUUGAACUGGUAGAAGUUGGCCGUGUUUGCAUUCUGUUUCUCAUAUUUCCUUGCUGAUCAGAGUCAAGGUGCCAUGCAUCCCUUCCCCGCCUCUGGCUGCCCCCCUUCACCGUGAAGAGGACCAAGAGCUUCUGGCACGGAAGUAUGUCCAUGUGCAAGGCUUAAACUUCAUGCGUCUUCCUUCUCUGCUUGGUAAAACUGCGCGUUGGGCUCCUUUGGAGUCUGAGUGCUGGUUUCUGGGCAGUCCUUAGCUGGAGGCUGGAGUGCCUCUAUCAGCUGUGGGGAAGACUCAGAGGAAGUCCAGGCUGAGCCACACAGGGAGAGGAGGAACCCAAUGGCCAACACACCUUCUGCACCAGCAGCUGCUCCUGGUAGGCGGCCACCGCUUCCCAGAUGGCAACUCGCUCUGGAGGGCAAAGGAAAAGCAGGUCACACUCUGAUCUGCCGCUUCCCGGCACCACCACUGCUGCCAGGCAGGAACGAGGUGGCAGAUGGAAAGGGUCGCCUCCGUGCCAGGGGUGGCUGCAGCACCACUCCUGUGCCGGCCGUGGCCCCGCGUACUUUGGUGUCGCUGCAUGUCGGACUGCAGGCCUGGCAGGGCCUGACCAGUGUGGCCCUGCUAAGCCAGACGUCUCUCGGCCAGCUGGGGGGCGCUGCCAGGGCAAAAGCUGGCCAAACACCCAACAGGAGGUGUGCUGUCACUGCUGUCCUGGUGGAUGGCAACCCUUUCCGUGGCUGGGGGAUGAGAACUGGGUGAUUUUCAAAGUCUCCUCCACCCUAAGCCAUGCUAUGACUCUGUAAUGUUAUCACCUACGGUCAUGAGCAGUGGUUUCCAGAUUUGGCAUCUGCUUCUCUCGUGAUCAAACAUCUUUUACUAAAAACAGCCACGCUUGUGGAAUCCAGCACACAGGUAGUGAUUGACUGAGCUGGCUUUGUAGUACGUUCUGCAGUGAUGACCCUGCUGCCCCUCAGGUGAUGUCACCCCUGGAGACCAAUGGAUAUCUCCAUGGAGAGGAAGAAAUCACAUCCUCUGCUGCUGAGCUGGGCCGGGCUCCUGGGACACACAGAGCUCCUACAAGUGGGCAGCACUGCAGAGAGACAGCUGUGCCCAGGAGCAGCUCCUGUGCAGAAUGCAGCAGAGCUAGCAAAAUGAUCUACAGGAGACAGGACAGAAGGAAGAGAGCUUACAGGCUGUGUGGCACGUUGGCAGGCUGUGAGCUCACUGAAGGAGCAUUUCUCACAGCCCUUGACCAGGACACCCCCUGCUUUGGGCUUGUGACUGCUCCCCUGGUUCCUUCUGGGCUGAAGUCAGCCCUGCAAAAUAUUGCAGCUCUGCCAUGGCAGCUCUGUGUUACCCAGCAGUACCACGGAGAAGACGCUUCAGUGUUGAGGCCAUGGAAGU